UCCAAGGAAAGAUUCCAACUACCAUGGGUCAACUCAGGGAGCUUCAGUCCCUUGAUCUUGGAAUGAAUUCCUUAAACUCUUCAAUCCCUUCUGAGCUUGGCCAUUGUACCCACCUCACGCACCUGUCCCUGGCUUCCAAUUUUCUUAGCGGGGAACUGCCACAGUCCUUGUCCAAUCUGAACAGCAUUCUCCAGUUGGAUUUCUCCGAUAAUGUAUUUACCGGUCCAAUCUUGCCUUCCGUGAUCUCCAAUUGGACUCUAGUUGUCGAUUUGUAUCUUCGAGGCAAUAGCUUCAGUGGGAAUAUUCCACCUGAGCUUGGGCAGUUGACAAAUUUGAAUAUUCUAAGCCUAGAUUCUAAUGAUUUUGGUGGGCAACUUCAUAGUCAAAUUGGAAAUCUAAACUUGCUAUCCAGACUAAACGUGAGCAGGAACCAUUUGACAGGAGUGAUCCCUCAGAGUAUUGGCAAUUUCACUCAGAUUCUGUAUCUCGAUUUGUCCAACAACAAUUUGACAGGAGUGAUCCCUCUGAGUAUCGUCACUUUCACUAGGGUUGAGUUUCUCGAUUUGUCUAAUAACAAUUUGACAGGGGUAAUACCACCUGAUUCCGGCAGCAAUUUUCUCUUGGGAUUAAAGAUUUUCAAUGUAUCACACAACCAUCUCUUUGGGGAAAUCCCAUCAGGAUUUCUCAACACGGAUAAACUAACCAUCUUUGACUUUUCUUAUAACAACCUCACAGGGCCAAUUCCAAUUUGUGGCAAUUUCCAAAAUGCAACUUUUGUUGGAAACUAUGGCAUGUGGAGAGAUGCAAAGGGAGAGGCUGCAUGUAAAAGAAAAAACGGCGUCAAUAUGGUUGUUGUUGUCAUCAUAUUCUUUUUGGCUUUUGGCGUGGUUGCAACUAUCAUUGCUUUCUUUCUCUUAUUAGUAUUACGCAAGAGAUCCAAACUCCGACCUCAGGAAAUCAAAACUUCUAAUAACUUCGAGAAUUUUGAGUCAAUGAUAGUGCAAGAGGAAGUAAAGUUUACAUUUGGAGAAGUUGUGAAAGCCGUAGAUGACUUUCAUGAGAAGUACUGCAUUGGAAUAGGAGGAUUUGGAAGAGUAUAUAAAGCAGAGUUGGAGUCAGGCCAAGUUGUUGCAGUUAAGAGGCUUAACAUGGAAGACUCUAAUGAUAUUCCAGCAAUUAAUUUCCGAAGUUUUGAGAAUGAAAUCCGAACUUUGAUAAAUAUCCGACAUCGCAACAUCAUAAGGCAAUACGGCUUCUGUUCCACAAGGGGUUGCAUAUUCUUGCUUUAUGAAUACUUCGAGAGAGGCAGUCUGGGAAAAUCAUUGUAUGGGGUUGAAGGGGUUACUGAACUUGGCUGGGCUACUAGGGUCAAAAUUUUGAAAGGACUUGCUCAUGCACUUUCUUACUUGCACAAUGACUGCAGUCCGCCAAUUGUGCACCGCGAUGUAAAUGUCAACAAUGUAUUACUCGAUCAAAAUUUUGAGCCUCGACUCUCAGAUUUUGGAACUGCAAGACUAUUGAGUACUAAUUCAUCCAACUGGACACAUAUUGUUGGUUCAAUUGGCUACAUGGCACCAGAGCUUGCAUUGACUAUGCGGGUCACGGAUAAGUGUGACGUAUAUAGCUUUGGAGUCGUAGCACUAGAAGUGAUGAUGGGAAAGCACCCUGGAGAUAUGUCAAGAUUAUUGCAGGACAAUGUAGGGUUGCUUUUGAAAAAUGUGUUAGACCAACGGCUUGAGUCUCCGACUGAUGAAUUGGCAAAAGCAGUGGUGCUUGUGAUGAGUUUAGCAUUUGCUUGUACACGUGCACAUCCCAUAUAUCGACCUCCGAUGUCUUUUGUGGCACAAAAACUAUCAGCUCAAGCCUUGCCUUGCCUUCCUGAACCAUUUGGUAUUCUGAGCAUUAGCAAGCUAAUGGGGCUGGGGCUACAAGCUAAUGGAAGCUAGGAGCUGAAUUCUAUGUUUACUUAAGCUGUAAGAUUGGCACAUAAUGGCUAUUGCUUUUGUUUCAUGUCUAUCUAUGCUUGAAGCUAUUAAUCAUAAUAUAUAUCAACCAAACAACAUUCAGAGUGUGUUUAA